GAAAUGGUCACACUGGAGCAACCCCCCACUAAAUAGCAAUUGCUCAGUUUAGAUUGUUCUAUGGUCGUUGAUGGAUCGCUCGAUGAACCGAAAUCUACGCAAUUGGUCGGUACGCGUCUAAUCCAACACUCAGUUUUAAGCAAGUGAACCCAACAACACCACGAUGUCUCAAUUGUUUAUCUACGGACGUACUAGCGGCGGAAACAAAACACUGAUGUAUCAAGGCUAUGAAUACCUGAAACACCGUACAACUGCAAGUUCUGUCACCCAUUGGCGCUGCGUAAAACGAAGGAGCAACAAUUGCAGGUCGAUCAUGCAUACGAUGGGGGACGAAGUAGUGCAGAACCCGGGCGAACACACAUGCAACGAAACAACGUCGCAAAAUCAACUGGUCAAUUCGGAUAUAUCCACGUAUUCUUUUGAAAUUGAGGAACUUUCAGAUUCCACUGAACAGCUUGACGCUACGUAUCCUACGAUUCAACUCCUGGUCCAAGAAGUGCCCCAAUCACCACUGAAGAAAAAUCUUAGUAUCCAAGAAAAAAACACGUUUACCGAGGAGCCUGAGAGGACACACAAAGGUGUGAGGACUAGGACUCAAGAGUUGGUUCAAGCACAGCUGGAGGAAAACGUGACAAGUGAGCAGUUGUUAACCCCUCCAGUGAAAAAUGAGUUCAACUCACAACUUGUGCACAAUGAGUUAGAAGUAGCUGCUAUAAAUAUAAAACAGGAGAUGUUAACAGAGCAGUCAAUUAUUUUAGAGUUGGUGGAAGAAAAAAACAUAAAGGCUGAAGAAUUUAAUUUACAAAACAACAACAGUCAAGGGUUAGCUGAAGAUGGCAAUUUUCCUCCUACUCCUGUGAGUAGUAGAAAAAGGAGAGGAAGCAUUGAAUCCUUUGACGAGGAUGAGUUAUUUAACAUUCGGUCCAAGGUGGCAAAAUUAGACCUACAGAUAAAGGAAAAAGAACUAAAUUUGGUUAGCUUGAAGACAAGAAACGAGAAACAAUGUCACCAAUUGAGAAAGAGAAUUUUGCUCAAUCUACUUAACAAUCUUUAA